UUAUUGGUGGUCUCGGUAAGAGCCCGUCGCAGAAGCUAACCGUUGCUGACCAUGGCGGGCGACGAAUCGCCAAUGCAGUGUCAUUUCCGCCUGAAGGUGGUCAACUGGGAGGAUCUUGACACGUCAGCGUCCACGCAUCCCGAUGACGUGGCACGCGGAAGCACCGUCAGUGCCAGCAGAGCAGUGGCACGGCCGCUGUCCGAGCUGGCAGGGCGGCAGUGCGGUGUACACCCGUCGGAUUGGGCGGCUAUCAGGGACACGUGGCAGCAGGCGGAAGCAGAAGGAUUAGGGGGGAAUCUGAACGCGCGGGGAAGGCGCGCGAUGGGGAAAGGCGCAGCAGGCGGAGGGAUCAUGAAAGGAGGGGCGGGUGGCAGCGAUGGGGUGCUUGCAGUCAUCCCGCACCCAGGUGUCCCUCCAGCCGCCAUGGCCCUCUCUGCCGUACACCGAUUCAACCUGCACCUCGCGUCUGACAUUCGUUAUGAGUUUGAGGUGUUUGUUCCGCCUCCAAGAUUCGCUCUCCAAGAUCUAUGCGAUCAACUCCACCGGCUCUUCCACCAUCAAGUCCUCACAGUGUCCCACACGCUGGUGAUGUCUGCUCGUGGGAAGGAGCUGGCCGUUCGAGUGGCGGAGGCAAACAACCUGAGCGAGGAUGAGCGGGACGAAGCAGUGCUGUACCAUUGCUACAGAGGCAUGCUCACAAAUGACACUCAAAUACACCUUGUACCCGAUACAGGCAUAGAGCUAGCCAACUGGACACCCAAACAGGCCGCAACAAGCCCUGGCCCAAGUAAAGUUGUAAAUCUCCUCUCGUCAGACGACGAGCUCUUUCCAGUCAAGAAAGCCCUUCUCCGACCGUGCCUUGCACUUACUAAGGCAGUUCAAGACACUGGCCCCGAGCCCCCAACAGUCCAAGUGGGUGUGGAGUGCUUGCUGCUGGACCGAGUGCUGCUUUUCUUGGAGGCAGACUUCAAGGGUGAAGCAGAGAGCUUUCAGUUUGACAUCAACCUUACCCAGGAGUUGAGGGAAGCAGCUGCAUGCUUGAAGCUCAAGAGCCUGGCUGACCUGUGUGACCAGCGCCUGGGCCUCUUUGAGUCUCGCAUACGUGAAUAUUCCUUUGCCGAGGUGGCAGAGCGCAAUGCGAGUGGCAACUGUUGGCUGCUUCUGGAUGGCAUGGUGCUGGAUGUAACCAGGUGGUUACCAGAGCACCCAGGAGGCGAUACAAUCAUCCCAACUCAGGGACUCAACAGGGACUGCACUGUAUUCUUUGAGCUGUACCAUUCGUCGAGGGAAUCGUUUCUUUACCUCAGGCAUUUUUACAUGGGCGAGCUGAAAGAGGAAGACAAGGUGAAGUUGGCGGAGCAAGAAGACCAGCAACCAUCAGCGGAAUUCAUGCAGCAAUUGUGGGAGUACACCCACUCGUUUCGCCUCCAUGGAACCACAAUCAGGAAUUUGUAGGAGGUGUGGCCCAGCCAAAUUUAUCUAAAACGAUUUUUUUCAAGUUACCACUGUGGUUCAAGAUAAAGACUGAGGUUCGGU